AUGGGAGACACAUACCACAGACCGGACCAAAAGACUCUCCAGGCCUUGAGAGAUAUGGCGAACAGGCUACGAAUCCAUAGCAUUGAGUCUACGAACACAGCAGGUUCAGGGUACGUACAGUAUGCAGUAAUUUUAAUGCUAAACUUUGCAGCUUGGUUUAACUCACAAGUCGCAUUUAAACUUCCUGAUUUUAUCUUUCAGACAUCCGUCGUCUUGUUGUUCUAUGGCUGAAAUAAUGUCGGUUCUUUUCUUCCAUACCAUGCGUUACAAAGGUGGGUUUUAGUUAUGCUUUUAGUUUUGCCUGCUCGUAAUCAUCUUAAACCGUGCGAGCGAGAUAUGUAUUGAGCAAUACUUUCUUGGUGCUUGUCAUUCGAAAUUUUAGCCAACAUAACAUGAACUUUAUUAGCAGCUUUUAGAAGCCGAUUUGGCCUCCAUUCCGUGCUAUUUCGCUUUUAUGUAAAAUUCGUAAGGUUGUACUCCGAGGUGUCUUAAGCAAAUAUUGGCCCAAGUCUUCAAGGCAGUACUGUGGAGUUUUCAUCAGCGUGUAUCGAUUUCACCCCAUUGGAUUCAGUUAAUAACUCACUUAAGUUAUUAAUUUUAGUUUGUUUACUGUAUUUUGAUUUUGCGAUGCUGUACGUAGAAUCUUUUUGAGGUAAAUUUAAAGCGUGCCAAUUCUUUUUUGCAUUGUCACUGUCCAAUGGCUUAAUUAAAUGCCUGUCCUUAAGCAUGUAAUAGUUGCAUACACUUAAUUCAAGUUCGAUUCGCUUUGAUUUGAAUUUAACAAAUACGUCACUGUUUUUUUAAAAAAAGCAUUUUUACAAAGGCGUUGGGAUCUUUCAUCUCCAGUGUCGUACAUCAUUGCACAUAAAGUAUUUUCUGAAGAGCUUUUAGCUUUAAGUUAAAACUUUGAAACUCCUACUAAUUUACAAGCGCUAGCCUUAAUUUUGAUUACAUGUGCAAUGUAUUACGACAAAACACGGAAAAUAAAGGCAGACAUCUCUUUCUGCUAGACCAACACAUGUCAAUCAUCUGACCUUGUGUUGAGUAAAUUUAAUUGUAUCUGUGAGCCGAUGUACAUGUUUUCGUCAUGCAAAUUGCAGAGAAUCACUCAGUCAUGUCAUGUAGAUUUUGAGUUAAACAUAAAUAUUCUUGAAACAUUUUACAAGCCAAAAAGAUGCUAUUUUCUUGUGGUCAUAAAUAAUCUUUGUUGAGUUUGUUUUUAAAAGCUGUUUUUUGUUUUUCAAACAACUUCGGAAAGUUUUGAAAACUUUUAGAAUAAAUGCUUUUGUGUUAUUAUUUUCUUGAAUUGUUAUUACUGUUUGUGUUGAGCUACAGGUUGUACUUGGAACUGAAUAUAUCUAACAAUUUAUUACCCCUGUCACCGUUCAACAGCUCAAUCUUAUGUUGUAAAAGACAUAUUGCACCAUCCCUUUUUUUUUUUGUAUGUGCAAUAUUAAUACAACAGUGCUUUUUUAAUAUUCCUUUUUUGUUAGUCUUCAUUAAGGUCACCAAUAUCAAUUUUGUUUCCUUUAGUCAUGCAAUGUUGUUCAUGAGUUAAACUAUGAAAUUGUGUUACCAAAUGAUUUUUGUUGCUAUGUAAUGAUUAAAACGUACCCAUUUUUGAUCAUUAUAAUAUCCUUCUCCCUUAUGCUUUGGGCAAUUCAGAGUAAUGAUUUUCAACUUCCUUUAAUCUGCAUAAUAAUUGAAAGCAAUGCAAAAGUGAAUACCUUUGCACUACUCAAUCGAUUGUUCACUGACUUUUACUAGCAAGUUAUAAUUUUCACCAAUCUUUUUAACAGCUGUAAAGAUGGGGAUAUACAUGUCAAAAUUAAUCUACAAUUUUAAAUAAGAUGGAAUUUCUCUCAGAUAUAGGAAUACAUCAUUCUUUUUUAUUCCAUUGAAUUUCCUUUUGUUGGAGCUUUUGUUUUCUCAAUUUGCUUUAAAAUUGCUGUUCUUUGGAAACUAUUUUAGUUUUUUUAGUUUGUAUUUUUGAGACAGAUUGGAAAAAUCAUGUCCUUUUCCAAUAUGUCAAUCAAACUUCCAUUAAGCUUAUUAUAUGUAUCAAGUUCGUUCAUCAAUAGUUUUAGAUUUGAUUGAAGUGAAUUGAGUACUGAACUUAUGUGGUGAGCUUAUGCAUAUUGAAACAUGGUGGAAGCGGCGUAGCUGGUUUAGGACCCCGCUGGAGUCCUAGAGAGAGAGAGAGAGAGAGAGAGAGAGAGAGAGAGAGUCCAAUGUCCAACUCGGAAGAAACUACGGCACAUCGGCGGCCUCACAAGCUUCACCUCCUUUGCCGUCUCAGCCAAGCGUCACAAUGCAAGCUGCUCCCCUUAGACAAGGUAUCAUGCCGCCAAAACCUCUAGGUACCACUACUAACAUAGCUGAAAACUGGAAACAGUUCAAACAGAUCUGGGAAAUUUACGCUAUUAUCACAAAUCUUACUGCACAAAUGGAACAGUACAGGGUCACGUUACUCCUUCACUGCCUGGGUCCAGGUGCCAUGAAAAAUCUACAAUGGAAAGCAGUUCGCCAGUGAGACGGACCACCGCACCUUAUCCAAAAUUAUUGAGAAAUUUGACGAGUUUACUAUUGGAGAAGUCAAUGAGACCUACAAACGCUAUAUCUUUAACGGAUGAAAUCAGGGCCAAGACGAAUCUAUCGAUGCAUACAUUACUGCGCUAAGAUCUCUAGCUAAAGCAUGUGGAUUCUGUGAUUGUCUUGCCGACAGCCUGUUAAGGGAUCGCACUGUUCUCAGGAUAAACAACCACUCUCUUUGAAAAUGCUUGCUGCAAGAGAGAAAUUUGGAUCUUAAAAAGUGCAUCAAUUUGUGUAGAAGUAGUGAUCGAAGCUGCCUCCUCCCAAAAUUAUUAAAGAUAUUUCAGGAGCAUCUAGCACAACAGAUGGCGUACAUUGACUAAAAGUACAGCCAACAAAACCUCUUUGGAAGCAAAAAUAUGAUCGGAAGGCAAAGCAUCACAAGCACCAGAAGCGAAAGAUUUGCAAAUUCCACGCUGGGAAUCACCCUCUGAAAAACGAGCUAUGUCCUGCAUGGCAAAAGCGAUGUCAGAAGUGAAAUGGCAGAAAUCAUUUCGCCACAGUUUGCAAAAAGGGCCAAGCGCGUGGUGUGCAUGGGCUUUCUGAGCAACCUGAGCUUGACAGCGAUGAACACGAUGACAGCUGUGAGUCUAGUGAUUACGAAUUCCUCACCGUUAUCGCAGUGGAAUCAUCUAUCCAUGCAAUUGAACAAACAUCCAGCCAUGCAAAAGAAAUAUGCACAGAGAUGGUGAUCAAUGACAAGAAAAUUAAAUUUCAGAUCGACUGCGAAGCUUCGAUAAACAUCAUCACUAGAUGUAACACCAGAAAAAGUCACAUAACACCAUCAAACAAAACCCUGAAGAUGUGGAAUGGAACAGAAAUAAAACCCCUCGGAACUACCAGCUUGAAAGUCACGAAUCCUAAAACUGGAAAGCAGUAUUCAAUUGAAAUUGUUGUUGUUCCCGAUGACUUAACACCACUGCUAGGUGCACGUACAGCACAACAAAUGGAGCUGAUAACUGUGGUUGAAGAUCAUUUUGUCUCUGUUCCGCCUCCUCAAAAGACAUCAUGUGAGGACAUCCGAAGCAUUGCAACAGCUGACAAGCUAGUUCGACGCUAUCCAGAAGUUUUCGCAAGAUAUCUGGGAACCCUACCUGGCACAGUCCAAUUGAGAGUUGAUGAAAAUGCCGAACCUUCCAUAACGCCUUCGUGACCGAUCCCCACAGCGCAGAGAGAGAAGUUCAAAGCUGAACUAGACUGCUUAGAGAAUCUAGGAGUACUAGCAAAAGUAGAUGAGCCUACGGCAUGGGUGAGCAGUGUUGUUAUUGCUACAAAGAAGUCAGGCACCCUUAGAAUAUGUAUAGAUCGGUGACUGUUGAACCAAGCCUUAAAAAGAGAAACACAUCAGCUGCCAAUCCUAGACGACUAAAUGCCAGAGCGGGCUUGAGCAAAGAUCUUUUCAACUGUUAAUCUUACCGCAGGAUACUGGCACUGCAUGCUUGACGACGAGUCUAGUCUCUUGACUACCUUUGCAACCCCUUUCAGAAGAUACCGGUGGAAAAGACUCCCAUUUGGUUUAUCAGCAUCAAGCGAGAUCUUCCAGAAACGGGUGAGUCAAGCCCUAGAAGAACUGGAAGGAAUACUUAACAUCACUGACGACAUCCUCAUAUUUGGAGUUGGUGACACCAAAGAUGAAGCUCGUCGUGACCACGAUCGUAAAUUAGAGGCAUUACUACUCAGAUGCACAGAGCGUGGAAUUGCCCUAAAAAAGAACAAGUUGAGACUUCGGUUUACUGAAGUGCCAUUUAUGGGUCACCUCUUAACCAAACAAGGCCUCAAGAUAGACCCCGACAAAGUAAAAGCAGUCUUAGAGAUGCCUCGACCCAAAGAUGUGGAAGGCGUGCAGAGGCUUAACGGAUUUGUCAAUUACUUGUCAAACUUCCUACCUCUCCUAGCAGACCAAAUGGAGCCUAUACAUUGCCUCACAUGACAAGACGUGUACAGAAUUUAACUGGACGGAUGAGCAAGAGAACGCGUUUAGAGAAGUGAAGUGUCUUGUGACUACCACCCCAGCUCGAAGGCCGAGCUUGAAAUCCAGUGUGAUGCCAGUUAGAAAGGCCUAGGAGCUGCCCUCCUGCAAAGAGGCAAACUGAUCGUGUACACAAGCAGAGCGCUCACUGAGACUGAGCAGGGAUGCGCACAGAUUGAGAAAGAAAUGCUUGUGAUCGUAUUCUCACUUGAGAAAUUUAACCAGUACAGCUACGGACGCCACGUGAAAAUCCAAAGCGACCACAAGCCACUGGAAUCCAUCCUGAAGAAGUCUCUCGUGUGUACGCCAAAAUGCCUUCAAGGUAUGAUGAUGAGACGUCAGAAAUAUGAUUAAGAGGUGCAGUAUGGCAUGAACCUGUACUUGGCCGAUACAGUCUCCAGAGCGUACCUGCCGACGACCUUACAUCCGACUGGAGCUGAAUUUGAGAACAUCAAUGCCACUGCGUUCCUCCUGUAUCCACAUCUAGACUCCGGGAAAUCCAGCAGGCAACUGAGGAUGACGAGAUCCUGCAAGCCCUGAAAGCUGUCAUAUUGCGUGGCUGGCCAGAUGAUUGUAGUCAAAUACCAGAGCACAUAAGCCCCUACUUUAGCAUGAGGGAUGAGUCGUCAGUACACGAUGGGGUGAUAUUCUGCGGGCAACAAAUUGUAGUUCCUGUCAGCCUAUGAAAACACAUGAAACAAAAGCUGCAUGCCUCACACCUUGGCGCAGAAAGUUGUUUACAAAGAGCGUGGGAGACCAUAUUCUGGCUGAACAUGAACUCUGAAUUAAAAGAAAUGAUCGCAACCUGUGAGACCUGUCGCAAGUACGAGACCAGCCACAAGAAAGAGUCUCUGAUACCUCACAAAGUACUCAAUUGAUCAUGAGAGCAAGUAGGAGUGGACCUGUUUGAACUAAACAAGAAAGAGUUCAUGAUCACAGUAGAUUAUUACAGCAAUUUCUGGGAGAUUGACCGCCUCACAAGUACCACCUCAUCAGCUGUAAUUUUGAAGCUGAAGAACCAUUUUGCUCGCUAUUUUUGCCCUGAUCGCUUGAUCAGCGACAAUGGUCCUCAGUUCGUGUCAUCAGAGUUUCAUAAAUUGGCAAAUGAUUGGGACUUUGAACACAGAACUAGCUCUCCUGGGAACAGCAAAGCCAACGGUAAAGUGGAAUAAGCAGUGAAAACAGCAAAGAACCUCCUACGUAAAGCAUUGGGUGCCGGAACAGACCCAUACAUCAUAAUUCUUGAUUACCGUAAUACUCCCACACAAGGAAUGGAAUCAAGUCCUGCUCAACGCCUAAUGAAUAGGAGAACAAGAACACUCCUUCCCACAAUGAAGACUGUUCUCCAACCCAGAGCCCCACACAGUGAGCGAGAUAUCCAACAACUGAAUAAGCGACAAUUUCAUCAGUCUAGAUACUACAAUCAGCAUGCUUGUGACCUAUUCUCACUCGAAGAAGGUGAUGUCGUAUGUAUGAAGCCGUUCCAGCUGUGAAGUAAGGAGUGGAAAAAAGGCAUGAUUGAUAUAAUAUUGAGACUUGGCGAAAGAUCAUAUUUGGUGGAAACACCCAAUGGAGACACCUAUAGGAGAAAUCGUUACCACCUUAGGAAAACCAAGGAAAACCCUGAUCCCAAGGAAGUGUCAGACAUAACACCUUGUAGAAGUCCUGAGGAUCAGCCAACACCUGCUGGGCCGAAGCUACUGUCCUCUCCUGCCACUGCUGAGAAAACCACAGACAACAAGACAACAAUCGCACCCAAGACAGCAGCCAUGCCUCAGUGCAUUAGACGACCCCCUCAGUAUCUGAAAGAUUACGUACUGAAAUGAUUAGAUAUGAUUAAAGGACAUGCCAUAGUUUAACAUUAUCUUUUUCAUUACGAUUUGUUUUUUUUUUUUUAUUGAUAGGACUUGGAGAACAUUGUAGUUUCUCAUCAUUAAUAAUUUGAUCAGAGAAUAGACAGUGUGCCGAAUGAUUAGAAAUGAUUGUUUUAUGAAGAGACACUUUUCAAAACAGGAAGGAUGUUACAAUGUCAAUCAAACUUCCAUUAAGCUUAUUAUAUGUAUCAAGUUCGUUCAUCAAUAGUUCUAGAUUUGAUUAAAGUAAAUUGAUUACUGAACUUAUGUGGUGAGCUUAUGCAUAUUGAAACGUAAUGGUGACCUUGUUCGGCAAGUUUUCAUCCUAGUAUUACAUAUAAUGGAAAUAUAGAUGGAACUGUCUCGUGAAUUUUGUCUAAGCUGUAAUAUUCCUCCCAAUUAUGUGAAUUAUAACUGGACUUAGGUUUGUUAUAUCCAUUAUUUCUUAAAUGAAAGAAAGAAAUAUCCUUUAGCUACCAUCAAAAUGUCUAUGAAUUAUGCAAAGAUUGUACCGGGUCCAUUUUAUAGUUAAUUUCCAACUGUUGCUUUUUAUAAUUAGUGUCUAAGCCUCGAGAUGUCUCAAGUGAUAGGUUCAUCUUGUCAAAGGUAAGCAUUUUACUUUAAUGACAAAGCUGUCACCUAGCUGCACAAACAUGACUUUUCCAGAGGUUAUUUUGACCUGCAUUUCAACCUCUUUUCUUUGGCUCGUCAUGAUAACAGAUAGCGAAAAAAAUCCUCAGUCUCUCUUGUGUCUCUUCACCCAGGAGUAUAAAUGGGUACCAGGGACAUACUCUGUUGGGAGUAACCCUGUGAUGGACUAGCAUCCUGUCCAGGGGGGGAGUAGCAAUACUCCUAGGCAUGCUUCAUGCUAGGGAAACUAGAAAUAAGCUCCAGCCGUGUGGGCCUCUAGCCCUUGAGGGCCUAUACCUUUUACCUUACCCUUUGCUUUAAUAGGAGAAAAUUAAUUUUGGUCAUUCUUGUGACUUAAAGGAUUAAAUAUUUCAUAUUUUAGGCGAGCAAACCACAAAACAAGAAUGUAUCACCAUUGCUGCUUGCAGUUUAAUAAUCUCUUGCCAGGUGGUUCUUCCCUUGGAAAACAUUAACAUUCCAUUAUUUUGUUUGACGUUCUCAGUUUCUGAGUUUCACUUUAACUGAUUUACUUUUUUCACAUUUAUAUUCAUUAUAAUCUGCCAAGUGAAAUGAAAUUUAUACUUGUUUUAUACCUGUGGAUAUGUUGUAGUUCAAUUUUAUCCUUGGUUCAAUUUUUUUUCCUUUGUUUCAAACUCAUUAUCAUAUGUUACCAUGGCCAAAAACAAGAAGGAGAAUAAAAUUUAAACCAAGGACAAAAUUGAACCACAACCACAUAUACAUUCAUUUUCUUAUUCGUUUUUUGUUUCAUUCCAUGUUUUAGGGUCAUGCUGCCCCCAUCCUGUAUGCGGCAUGGGCAGAGGCUGGUCAUGCAAAAUUUCCUGUCUCAGAACUUGGGAAACUGCGGGCAUUUGGCUCUGAUCUGGAAGGCCACCCCACCCCUGUGAGUAACCUGUUUAGUUUUGCUCAUGUUAUGUGGUCAAAUAGCCUGCGAACGGCAGACGUUUCUCCUCGCUCAUCGCUGCUGAGAGAUGUUUCGCGAGAAGGAACGUCUGCGACUCAGCGACAGAAAUUCCAUACUGAUGACGCAAAAUCUGUCCGGAAUCUGGUCAGAAGCGCUAAUUGGUCGACUGAGUAGUUUCGUUGUUUUAGCUAUUGUUUGUGAAUGACAGACAAAAGACAAAAGGCCGUAAAGGUCAAAUGUAAAUGCAAUGAACCUCUAACAAAACAGUCAAUAUUUGUCGAAUAUAGUCGUCUCCAGAAGAAGCAUUUGAGUUUUUCUGGAGCUCAUUCGCAGAUGAACACAACACUUUACCAAAAUCGACCAGGAGAAACGUAAAAUUGAACAAAUUUGCAUUUGGAACCCGAUGACUACUGGAUUUAUUAUGUAAACAUUGAUUUACGUCCUCGGUAUGGAAUUUCUGUCACUGAGUUGCAGACGUUCCUCGUCGCGAAACGUCCCUCGGCGGCAAUGAACAAGUAGAAACGUCUGCCAUUCACAGGCUAGUGGUCAAAAGUCUCAGGCGUCUCUUCUGUGGAGAAAGGACUUCUGUCUCAUGAGGCAAGAUUCUCAUCUAGAGAAGAGAGUUUUGUCUUGAGAGAUGGGGACAACGAGGCUCGUGCCUUGGGAGGGGGUGGUAACUGACUUUUAAGCGGUACUGUACUUUGACUUGCACAAGGGUUAAUAAUAUAUGGAAUUCUAAUGAAGAGAUUUUUCUGAAUAUAAUUGAUGAUAGAUGUGUGGGAUAAAUAAGAUUAUUUCUGAUGAACGAUUAUAAGUUUAGUUGAUUCCCUACACUACUCGUCGCAUUGGCGAUGUUGGAGGUUGAGAAAAAUGACUGCAUUUGGAUGGUGGUCGUGCGUGGCUGUUUUAGUGGUUAAAACAUGGAUCAAUAUAACCACAGGACAAACAUAUGUUUUUUUUUUUUUUUGUGGAGUCAUCAGGCCACUUUUAUGUAGAGAGGUGACCAUUAUAGUAAAGGUUCAACUUUAAACACAAUAUGAGUUUAAAAUUUUUCCCCCUAAAGGAAAUUUUGAAGCCCCAGUUUUCCAUAAGCUCUUAUUAUAGAUUGGCGUAACAGCUGUUAAAAACUGCGAGUUCCAGAGAGGUCUACUAAAUUUUAUUUAGAGGAACUUGUUUGUCAGAGCAAAAUGAUUGCCUUUGCCUUUCAUCUUUGUAUAUACGCCUAUUUCAAUUAAGGUUACUUCAGAGAAGAAUGAUGCAUGAUGCAUGGUCCAAGUUUCAUAUUAUAGCCCACGGUGCAUUAUUGUAGCAAGUCUAGUGCCCGCAAUUAGCCUAGAAGCCUAGAAAGCAAAUGCUACUGAUGCUUCUAUGCUAUGUCAGCAGACCCUUAAGACAAUGGAUUUCAAAGGAAUGAAUCCUAGGCUUUUUAAUUUAAGACAGUGAUCUGAUGUUAGGUCUUUCUCUGUGGUAAUAUGCAAAUGCUGCAAAUUUUCAAUGAGUUUGCUUCGCUCGUGCACAUGGAAAUUUUGGAUUGAGUUAAAAAAAAAUCAGAUUUGAGGCAUUUGUUGAACUGCAAUAGAUAAAACUUAACAUUAUGUGUUUAUCUAUUUUUCAGGCAAUUUUUUAAAAACUGAUUUAAAAAAAAGUAGCGUUUUUAGUUUGCUUUACUGAAAUAACCAGCAUUCUGGCCCAUGCAAAAACGCAGCUCAAUCAGGCGGUAAAACCCUAUUCAUUUAAUGUUGUUAAAAGAAGAGGCUUCUAAUUUUUUACUGUGAGAUUUUAAUCAAAGAAAGACUAUCGUCAACUCGUGUGUACGUUGUUUAGAAAGUAAUCAAUUAGUUAUCACCUCUGGUUUUCUCACAAUAAAUUUUAGGAAAUGAUAGAAAUUCAAAUUAUAAAUAUACUAUCCUUGUUCUGGAAACACAAUACUUUUCUUGCUGUUUAUUGCACUUUAUUAACAGUUAUUUGGGUAUAUAUAUUUAAAAACAAAAAAACCAAAAAAAAAAAGCAAAACAAAUAAGCAAACAAAACAAAACAAAAAAGAAAAAAAAAGGAAGAUGGGAAAAAGAAGGCUCUCGAGUUCGGACCCGAUUAAUUACAAAGUGCAUCUACCACGAGUGAGCAAGUGACUCAUUUGCAUAUCCCUGUCCCUGCAAUAACUCGUCGUAUGCUCGUGCGUACCCACGAGUUAAAAAUUAAAGUUUUCAGCUCACUCAUGCUUAAGAAUAAUAUUUUAGCAGCCAUUUGACUUGAAAGCUCUCUAGAAUGCCUUCUCGCAAAUGGUCUCCAUUAUUUCAAUAAACGUGAGCAAGACUAAUCUUCCCCUUACAAAAGGGUUUACCAUAGUGCGCUGCAGGCUAUAAAACAUGGUUCACGGGAGCAACCUUAAUUGUAAUAGGUGUAUAUACGAAAAGCCAGUGCUGUGCACAUCAGUGCUGUUUCAAAGUACCAUAGCCUUUGAGAAAUGUAAGGACAUUAGUUUGACAUAUAUGGCUUGAUCCAAACCUAUACUUGCUUUCUGUAUGAAAAUUAUUCUGAAAUAAUUCUAUAUGUAGUUAAUUGCUAAUAAUUAUUAGAACUAGAACAAGAAUUCACAAAGAAAGCAGGAAAGGCUGUACAUGUAUGUCAAAAUAAGGUCUAUCCAGCCUCGCUUCAAUCAACUAACUGUAAAUUGGGUUAAUAAAAUAUGAUGCUUAUGUUUUCUUCCCCAGCGAUUAGACUUUGUUGACUUUGCCACGGGUUCACUGGGCCAAGGUCUUAGCUGUGGAUGUGGUAUGGCGUACACUGGGAAAUACUUUGACAAAGCAAGGUGAAAUGUUAUUUUAUUUGAUAUGAUUUGUCAUUUAUUUUUUUGUAUAUGAAUUAUUCAUUUGGGAUCUUUUGGAGCAAAUUAAAGGGUCUUUUAUGGGUUACUGACCAAGUGCCAAGUUUUCCGUAUAUCUGUUGGGUUAAGGUCUUUAUUUAUCUAUUUAUUUGUUUUUUAUUUAUUUGCCAGAAAAAAAUAUAUUCACAUACAGACACUCAAUAUAUUAACGGAACUCCACGCAUGCAUGAACUGCGCGCGUGUGGAGCCCCAUACCUAAGUAAAUCUACCCAUCCUAGAAAAUUUGGUAAUCAUGUCAUCGUACACAGAGUGACCAUCCAUCCGCACCACAGGCAUACCAGUGUAAACAUAGGCGUAAGGGGGAUUUUUUGCCAGGGGGGGCGGUAGACCAUUUGCCCAAAAAAAUUCUUGCAAGUUGCCCAAAUUUUUACAAAACAGUCGAACAGAAACGAGGGCCAUACGAUGUAACAACAUAGGCCGUACUAGCAUUAUGAAAGUGGCUCGAUACAGUUUUUCAGGGUCAAUACCUGUGAAGUUUUUUUGAGCAUAGACUACGACCUCAUAAACAAACAUUUGGAAAAAUUGCCACCACAGUUGUAUUAGAUAAAGAUAAAAAUUUGUUUUGAUCCGGGUUGCAAUAACAUCGGAGUUGUCAUAGCAACCAAAUGACGCCAUUAUCUAUUAUACUUGCAGCAAAAUUUCUCAUUGGGAACUGUUCUUCCAAAAUUGUUCACGGGAGAAUUUUCCUCCAAUAGUCGCCUCGAUGUUCGUAAAGUUAAAAAGGAAUCUGUAAAAGCGUUGCGGAGAUAUUUUUGGGAUAAAGUUUUUAUCGUUAGAAAUAAGGUAAAAAGGAAAAUCUUGAUGUUUGGCUGUUAUCUGUAGAAAGCGAAGCGCUUUUGACAUGCAAUUUCACCUCAUAGUAGUUUCAAUCUUUUUAAAAACGUGGGUAAAAGAUCAUGGAGAUUGCUCUGGCCAAAAAAGGAUUUGAGUAUUUAGUAUGUAUCAUGGCGCUCUUGUUAGCGGUUUUGUAAACAUUUCGGUCUACUUUAACAAAUUAGUGAAUAAUUUUUAAACCACUUGAUAGAUUCUUUUUUAAAAAUUACGAUUCUUCACGUAAUUCAAACUGAGAAUUAGUCAGCCACUUCUUCACUUUCAGACCCAUUGCUGAUGCUAUCUGCCAUACAUUGUUCUACGAGCGGAGAUGAUUCUAGAAAGUUAGGCAGAAGUUUAUUCUAAUCAACUCACGACUGGAAAUAGCCCAUUGCAGCACAUGAUACCCUUCCCUUAUAACCAGAAACUCAUCAUGUGCUAGGCAACCACUGUCUCGUGUGAAUAUAACAGUACUGGAUUAUUACGCCAACUUCAGGUUAAAAUAGAAAAUAUUUAUCUCUUCAAAAUAAUGAUUUCAAAAACACGGAAACGUCUUAAAAAACUGGUUUUGCCCAAAUUUUCUCUCGCUGCCCAAACUUUGGGGGGGCUGCAGCCCCCCUCACCCCCUCGGCCCAUACGCCUAUGAGUGUAAAAUAACUCAAUCAACAGGUAUAGCAAUCUAAGGGAAAGUUCAUUUAAUAUGACAAGGGGGGGGGAUGAAGAUAUUGAGGGGGGGCUCCGAAAAUUUUUAGACACCCGAAGGGGGGGCUCUGAAAAAAUUGUUGCGCUAGGAGGGGGGGCUCCGAAAAUUUGUAUACUUCAAAACCAACACAUGACAUCAUCAUACAGAUCGGAUGGUUUUCAACUCAACAAUUUAAUGACCUGUGCAACUCAGCUAUAUCACGUGGUUUACAGAUAUAACAAAUGUAGUCUCAGUAAUUAUUACACUCUUGUUCAUCCCAAAAAUGCUUUAGAAAAUUUCAAAAAUUAGAAAUGCUCAAACUUUUUAUAAUAAAACCACAUUGAUUCAACAAGAUUUCAAAAUCUGCUAACGGGAACCAUAAAAACGAUGGCUCUGUAACAAGAAAUGUUAAGAAAUGAAGGAGGGGGGGGGGGGGGGGGGGCUCCUAAAAAAUUGAACCGCUAGCGAGGUGGGCUGCUAAAAUUUCAAGCUUCGAGUUUCAAUAUCUUCAUCCCCCCCCCUUGUCAUAUUAAAUGAACUUUCCCUAAAUGCAACUUGAGGUCAUUUUGGUGGGAAAUCGCAUAGCCACCGGCAUCUUGUAAAGCAGAGACAACUAAAGAGUUAACAAAGAUAAAAACAGAAAGUGGAGAUUGUUUCUGUAUCCGUGGUGUCUAAAGUAUUAAGCUUAAUAGAUAAAUUGUCAUGUCCAUGGCUAAAUCUGUAUAUUACAAAACUGUUAGGUAAAGAUUAAAGAGACAUAAAUUGUAAGUAAAAGAAUUAAAAGAAUUUUUUUUUCAAUGUUCAACCAAUGAUCUUGACCAAACAGUUUUCAAUGAUGAUGAUGAUGAUGAUGAUGAUUGUAAUUAAUUGCUUAAGCUGAGACAUACAAUUGCCUUGAUGACAUAAUAGUAUUGUUCAGAAACAUGCCACCCUGAAUCUGUAUACUGCAUCACCAUCAUCAAAUUUAAAUCAGGUCAUUCAAUAAAGUUGGAAUUAGUGUCAGGAUUUUAAUGUAGAUGUGUCAUUAGAAGCAGCUUGAUCAUUUGCUCUUGCGCUGAUGUGACAGCCUUAUUUUUAUUUUCUCAGCUAUCGUGUAUUUUGUGUUAUUGGUGAUGCUGAAGCUGCAGAGGGCUCAGUCUGGGAAGCUAUGAAUUUUGCAAGUUAUUAUAAGCUUGAUAACUUGUGUGCUAUCUUUGAUAUCAAUCGUCUUGGACAAAGUGACCCCACAAUGCUUGAGCAUGACUUUGAUACUUACAAGAAAAGAACUGAGGCUUUUGGGUGAGUUCAGUGAAUAAAUAUCAAUGCUGCAAUUAAAAACUUAAGUUGUAGUCACUUGCAAAAAAGUAAUUUUGAUUUUUGUUUAAUUGCAAUAAUCCUCAAAAUUUAAUAUUGAGUAUAUUCAGUUAUUGUUUUAUAUAUACUGAGGCCUUCUGAAUUUCAAAAACUUAAUCAUUUUUUCUGCUGAGGAGGAAACCAUGUCCCUGUUGUUAUUUUACUUCCUUAUUAUAGUAGGGGUGUAACGAUUCAUAUUCCUUGUGAUUCGAUUCUAUUUCUAUUCUUGCCUUUCGAUUUCGAUUGUUUUGAUUUGAUUAUGUAAAUGUUUCUUAAUUGCAUAAUGUAAACAGCAUGCAACCCUAAACCCCUAAUUUUAGAAUAGUAACAGGGACAGGUGUAUUCACUGUCGCUUGUGCGUUUGUUGCCUUGUUUGGGAACCUGACAAAGAGUGUGUCGCACAUGGCUUGCCUUAUUUGGAAAUUCUCAAGGCGCAUGAACUGCAAUCACCUUGCUCUUCAAAAAAACCCGCACAUUUUAAAGAGUUCUGGAUUCUGAUUUAACAAUGUUAUAACUCAGUGAAGGCACCCUGGAAAGGGUAUGCAAAAAUCGAACCAAACUCAAAACGUAGAAGCAAAGAAUCAUGAAUGGAACCGAACGGUCAUAAUCAUGAUUAAUCGAGAAUUUGAUUAAUCGUUACACCAAUAUUUUAUAGGCUCUGAGAAAUGAAGGUAUUGGAAUUUAAUGUGACUUAAAUUAGCACAAAUUUAAUUGGGAAACAACUUUAGAAUAAAGAAAAUUAAGAUAUCAUUUCAAAAUGGAGGACAUUCACUAAGAAACAAAACUAAUUAUUGUUGGCUCAUGGGCACCACAGGAAUGAAGUACAGUUAAUUAUAUAAUUCAAAUUGGGAGCUUGUUUUGUGCUACUUUCACAAAUGUAGCAAGGGAGUCAAGUGAAGAAAUCUGGCUUCUUUGAGGGUUCUUCCAAUUUCACUGAUACGUCUUUGUUAGGUAUCAAGAAUAUCUAAAGUGUAUCGAGAGUUUGGGACCAGAAUACUUGAAAUUAAGGUCGCAGAAAUUAACGCUGUACUUAACUAAUGUAUGGCACAAAAAUUAAUGUGUAUAAGAAUUACUACAGGUAGAUUGUUUUUUUGCAGACGUGCGAAACAGUUGUUUCUGCACAGAAACAUAUUUGAAUUAACCCCACGUGAUCUAUCCCUGACGCCUGAAAUGUAAGCACACGUGAUCGCAUUCCUUCACAUUCCUGAUAAUUAAACGAUGGUGGGCUUUUCCAUAAACAAACAAGGAAGGUCUUAUAUCCGUGGUAAACACUCUAAUUUAUUCCUUACGAUUCGUAUGAGAUCAUCGAAGGUAGACACCUCAUUUUUGUCUGCUGUAAUUAGUUCAGAUCGAUUUUCCGGAAAAGAAAUAUUAAUAUAGAACACUAAUUUAGCUGGAUCAUGCUGUAUAAUUUACUAAACGAAAGCGGAUAAGCGACGAUAGACAGCCAAAGUGCGAAGGAAUGUUAUCGCGUGCGUUUGCCUUUGGAGCUAACAUCUCUUUCGACACGUGACAAAAAACAAUCACCUUUUUUGCUAACUACAACUGUUACGUACGUCUGCGAAAAAACAGUCUACCUGUUUCAGUAGUAAUGCAAAUUUUUGAAAUUCGCAUUUAUUUCAAUCAUUGCUGUCACAGUUCAACCCAUCUUUGUGCCAUUUGUCGCCAUAUUUCAGCUGUCUUAUGUCGCUGUUUCCAGGCCAUGUCUGUGUGGGAAUUUUGCCCUAACAUGGCCUCUAUAAUGGUUUGAAUUUUUCCAGCUGGAAGACCCUUGUGAUAGAUGGUCAUGAUGUUGAAGAAGUCUGCAAAGCAUUUUAUGAAGCCGAAACAACAAAGGAUCGUCCAACAGCUAUUCUGGCAAAGACGUACAAAGGAAAAGGCGUUGAAGGUAUGGUAAUAAGCCAUAUGCACUAAGAGGUCAUGCGACAUCGUUUUUAUGAUGAUGAAAGUUAUAUGAUUUUGCCUUCAAAAAACGAUUAGUGGCUCAUAUCUUAAACAAAAUAAUAGUGAUUUGGUUUUUCAAACCCAUACCAUUUUCUUAAAAUGAGUAAUUUCAUAGCUGGUCACGUGACCAAAAUGUGAUUUUUAAAACCAUGACUUACUUCUUUCUGAACACAAGUUUUGCACUUAAACGUCAAGGAAAAUAAUUUUGAAAAGAUGAUGUGGUAACAUUUAGAGCACAUCUGUGUGUAACUAUCAAACAUCUAACAGGAUAUAAGCAAAAAGUAGUUUUUGCCACCAUAUUGGAGGGCAAGAGCAUGCCUCCAACAUGGCGGCCAAUCAUACUACUUUAAUUUGUUGAAAAAUGAAAGUGCCAUAAAAUAUCUCCCUUGUAUGUGUUUCCUCUCAAAUUUCGGCUGUAAGAUAAUUUUUAUGUGCUCUGGACAUCAAUUAUUUGUGGCAUCAGCAAGAUUCCAACUCAUUGUUUAAAGGAAGCAUUAGUCACAUGACCUCUUAGUGCAAAUGGCCUAUUGAAACUCUCCUCCCUUGGCACUUGCUGUUGGCCUAUAUAUUGUAGUUGCAAAACAGGGUAAAGUUAUCUGGCUCAGGUUACCCAUUCCAAACUUUUGCCCCCACCUUUCCCUUAAGUCAAAGUUAAGCAGUCUGUCAAAGUGACAAUGACUGUUUCAUGAAGAGUUCAUGCUUUAAUGAGGUAAUCCUUCAGGAGGUUCUGUCCUUUGCUCGCUGCCUCCUUAAGAUGUUCUUCCACUUCAGGGUUCUUUUCACGAUGUCCUUGAAUCUUAGCUUAGGCCAUCCUUGAGUUCUCUUUCCAUCUCUUCCCCUUUGGUGACCCACAAUCUUGUGUAGCUAGAAGCCUUUUAGCUUCUUUUCUUGGUGGGAAUUGAGGAUAAAAGUGUGGCGAAGGUUAGGUCACAGUCUUCAAGUGGUUGUAAUUAAUCCAGUGAAGUGGGUCAAUAGAUUUUGCUUCAUAAUGAUUCUGUUUUUUUUUGUCAGAAACUUUGAAAUAAUUAUAUUUUGUAUCUUUGUGCCAUUUUAUUGGUCAAAUGUUUCUCAAUAUUAUUUAUGUCUAUAUUUGUAGAUUCCUAGCCAGCCAAAUUUAUCCCAGUGGUACAUGUAAAUACAUGUUUAGUCAUCAUUAGCAACAAUAACAACAUAUUAUCCAUAUAUAACACCUCUAAAAAAUUUUGGGGAACAAUCUUUGGGGCAGAAAGCCCAUAUUUGUUUAUUCCAGUAGACUGAAGACUCAUUUAUAGAGGGUUAGCGUGGACUUAAGGUAAAUAUAUUCACAAAUUCCAGUCAGAAGAAGACCUAUGUACAACUGUGUAUGUUGUGUAAACUCAAAUUUGCACACCAUGAUCUUGCUGGUAUUGGUGAAUGUUUUACUUUAGCUCAAGGCUUACCCUGUACUAAUAAUUAAGUCUUCAGCACUAAUUUAUUUAGUGGCCACGACAGAUUCGAAACUGGACUAUUUCCAAGUGUUUUGUUAACCUGUUUUGUAGGCGUUGAAGAUUUGGAAAAUUAUCACGGCAAAGCUCUUGGAGACAAAGGCAAAGAAGCUGUAGAGAAGCUGAAGGAAGGACUCUCCAAUGUCAGACAUAACCUGGGCCCGCAGCCAGUUGUUGAUGAUGCACCUGAUGUGAAUCUGUCACCUGGAACCAUUAAACUGUCUGAACCACCAAGUUACAAAAUAGGACAAAAGGUAAUUAAGCCAUUUAUUUACAAUACAAUACAAUACAAUACAAUACAAUGUUCUUUAUUUUGAGAGGGUAGAUACAUGAUUAACCCAGUAAAGAGUUUUCUAACACAUGGCCCUCUGUCCUUUGAAGAGGAAACUGGCAAAAAUCCUCUCAGAAACAAGUAGUUUUAUACAGUGGUGCUUCUCCAAACUUUCUUAUUGAUCAUUGCAUUUGCCAAGUAUUUUUGUUUUGUUUUACUCAUAUGCCACUAAAACGCAUUGCAGACAUGAUUGUUGAGCACGGAUGCUAUUUAGCGGAGUUAGUUAUUCUGUUGAUUCAAUGUAUGCAGAAUAAAAAUUUUAUCUAGUGGUUUGAGCAGGGUUCUUAUUGAUUUUAAAGAAGACGUCAGAGGAUGUAAAAGUAGGCGGCUUGGCAAUAAUUGAUUGCUGAAGGCAAUGUCAGGAUUCACUCAGCUCUCACUACCCAUUUUUCCUUUUUUUUUCUGGUUUUCUAGUUUUGGUCCUUGUUGUUAGCACCAAAAUUUUUUUUUCUUGAGAAUGCCGUAACAUUGAGAUUCCCGAGAAACAAAAUAAACUGUUUCUGUAGUGACCAGUCUUUAAGUGAUUUGUUGUGUAGCUGGAAAUUCAUGAAACGUUGCUUUAACUGCAGUGGUCAAUCAACAUUCGCGGCUAACAGUGCACUGUUACCCUCUUACGUCAUAGAUUUUUGCAAUGUUGCCCGCUCAGAGGUUUUGCUGGGAAACAGUUUUAUUGUUGGAUAUCAUAUAACCUCGAAGUAACCAUUUGAGUGUGGGAUGUCGGGAAGAAAUUUCCAGCUAUAUAACAGUAUAACACGGUUAUGUAGUACUGUCAAACCUCCUGUAAGCAACCCGUAAGUGGAUGCUUUUGGGAGAUGGUUCCUUACAAGAAUCCAUUAUUACUAUGGGUCGAUCUUUUGUGUGAAGGGGUGCAGACUCAUCUACUUUAAUAUGGAAGAUAACUUAUUGUAUGCAAUUUUCAUGUUGCAAUAUGAUCAGCUCCAUGCUAUCACUGAAAUUUCUAAGUAUACUGUGAGCAGCAUAGUAAAUACAGUGAGCAAAGAUAUCAGGUAUAAAAAAACAAUAGAAAAUUCUAAAAACCUUUGCUACCAAAAGUGGUCAUUGACAAGAGUUUCCUGGGGGGGAGGGGACUUUCAUAUAAAAGAAACAGGGAUGCUCAUCUUCUCGCUUUGGGGUGUAACUUGCUGAUUUUGGUCUCACUUUUGAAAUAGAUGUUCCCAACAUUGUAAGCUGUGCUGCUAAAAUUUUCAGCUGUGCGCUUAAAAUUUUGGCAGUGUGCCUAAAAAUUUACAUCUUGUAGCAGAAGUGCUUAAGUUGUAUCCAAUGUCUUUACAGUGCGACUACUUGUACCGAGGCCACCCAGACCAAAAUUUCAAAAUUUCUUUACUGUUGGCUUUGAUUCUGGCAAACCCAGACACUGUAAAUUAAAAACAGUUUCAGGUUGAUUUAGACAAACGUCAAAAUUCCUUAUUUUUUAUAUCCUUUAGAAAAAUGGUUCACAAUGUAUGUGUAUAAGUUGAACUGGCUCUGAGUACAAAAUUAUGCGCAAUUCCAUUGUUUAGAUCUUGACUUGUGAUUGGCUAAUUUCAAAAUUUGUCUCAAAAUUUUGUCUGGGUGGCCUCGGUUUGUGUGGUUGACUGUUAGAUUGUUUGAAUGAUUCUAGUGAUUCAGAAAGGUAGAAUCAGCUAGUACAGCAAAUAACCCUUUAUGUGUGCACUUUUUCAACAUUCCAGGUUGCUGUGCGCAAGGCAUAUGCCAAUGGUCUUAUCAAACUGGGCAAGACUUGUGAGCGGGUUAUUGCUCUGGAUGGAGACACCAAGAACUCCACAUACUCUUUGGAUUACCGAAAGGCCUUCCCUGGAAGACACAUUGAGUGUUUUGUAGCAGAGCAGAACAUGGUGGGAGUGGCCAUGGGUUGUGCUGCUCGGGGUCGUGCCAUCACCUUCUCCAGCACAUUUGCGGCAUUCUUUACACGUACCUUUGAUCACUUGAGAAUGGCAGCAGUUUCACAGACCUCAGCUAACUUCUGUGGAUCUCACUGUGGCGUUUCAAUCGGUAUGUUUCCUUAAAGUAAGAAAGAUUUUUUCUGAAAAAAAUUGUGAUGGGCUUUCUUUUCCCAUGGGUUUCUAGGGAAGUUUCUCAUGUCUGGUACUCUUUAUUACUCACUAUAAGUGACUACAAUACUUGUAGCCUGUUCACAGUCACUCUAUUUUCUCUUCAAAGUUCAUUAAAAAAUAAAAACCGUGUGGAAUUUAUUGACCGCCAAAGGAAGGGGGUAGGGGUGGGGGAAGAGGAAAAUAGAUGGUCUUUAUUUUUCUUUCUUGCGCUCUGCGCUUGUUCUUGCACGCUCGCCGAUGUUUUCAAAAAGAACGAAAAGAAAAAAUAAAACAAUGUCUGUGUACAGGCUACAAUACUUGUCACAUUAUGUCAUCUCCAAUAUUGGUUCAUGUAUUAUGGAUUUGCAAAUAAACAGGGCUCUCAACAUUGGGGAAGAAGAGAAAAACUAUACUCAGGGAAAAGUUAGACGACAAGUCAGUUGAGAAGGCGUGACAUGAAAAAUCCUCAGUUUCAGUUUAAUGAUUCAAUGAAAUUUGACAAGUAUUGUUAUGUCCCUGCGCAAACUGAAAGAAUCUUGAAUAUAUGGGUAGGCAGCAACAUAAUGUAGGGGCCAGUAACAGGCCAGCUUUCUAUCCACGUCACCAACAUUUUGGUUUAAAAAUAGGUACAGUGAGCUCUUUUUAUUGUGGACACCCAGUUAGUGGGUUAGUGUCGGCAACAGCAAAAGUAAUAGUAGAAGUUCAUUUCAGACAAAAUCUGUAACUAAUUUUUGCCCAGAAUUUUGCCACUGUCCAUAUUAUUGGGGCUCCUGUGCUAGCAAGGUUUGUGCAAUGCAAGAGUUGACUGUGUGGGCUGACUGUGUGAACUGUUGUUGGCUUACAUUAAGCUCUUCAAGAGCAUUUUGUACCUCUUGGAUUCCUGAGUGAGCUUAAAUGCAUGGGGAUUGAUUUCUGUGCUUGAUAAAUUAUUUAUCUAGGGCAGAGCUUUGAAAUCAAUUGAGACACUAUGAAGAUGUGUACAUUGCAUGGGGCACAUUGUUGAGCUUCAUUAAGUCUGGGGAAGGGGGGUACUCCCUUAUAUAAGCCAUAUAGGUAUGUGCCGCCCCAAAAGGUAGGGUUCUUGUGCCAUUUUGUUUGAAAAUGGGUAUAGACUUUGCCCAUUUUGGCCUGGAUCUGAGUACAGUUUUCGAGGGAGCUACAGUGGUGUAUGAACAUAUUUGUCAGUGGUUCCAAAUGAAUAAGAAAUAAACCCAUAAUAUGCGAAUUUGAAAUGGAUUUUUUAGAAAUUUUCUUGUUGGCGUUCGGAUCUCAGUAAACAUGAAUGUUGUUUAAUGACCUCCUCCAGGUCUGAAAACGGGUAUGGAUUCUAGAAGCCAGGUCUGAAAACGUGUGAGGAAAAUGACAUUUUUUGGUCUGAAAUAGGGUCAGGAUUUGGAGAACUGGGCGGCACACCCCCAACUAGAAUUCCCAGGAGUUGCCCCUCCCCCCCGGAUUAGGUCACUUCCCUGUAAACUUACAUUGUAGCAUACUAACUUGAACUACAGUAUUUUGGGUGACACUCUUGAUCUAAAUUAAGAAACACCCUGAGACAACAUUAAUGUACACCCUUGAACUGUAUUGGGUUAUACCCUUAACCUGGGGUACACCCUGGCAUUCUUAAAAUCAUUCGCCGUCAACCUAUUUAGAAUCUAAGAUAAUACCUGCUUUUCAGGUUUUAAUAAAAUUAUUGUAUUUUAGUAACCAUGUGGUAAAAAAAAAAAAAAGAUUAUGUCUGUCUUAAUUGGUUCAUGAUCAGGUGUGGACGGGCCUUCUCAGAUGGCUUUAGAGGACAUUGGCAUGUUCCGUUCCAUUCCAAACUGUGUGGUGUUUUACCCAAGUGAUGCUGUCUCGUGUGAACGCGCUGUUGAGCUCGCAGCUAACUACAAGGAUAUGACCUUCAUCCGUGCUACUCGAGGAAAUACACCUGUUAUCUACGAGAAUGAUGAACAAUUUGAGAUUGGCAAAGCCAAGGUAAGAACGGAGAGAUCAUCUUUUGAUGGGACAACCUUUGUAUGUGGUCUCUCAGUAGCAUUUUAAAAAACAAUAUUGAAGUUCAAGCAAGGCCUUGCACUACUGUCAAAAAUUAAAAACUUAAAAUAGUAGCUUUUGCCCAUCAAUGACAUUAUCAGGGAAAAGAGAACAAGGGGGUCAGUCCAGUUCAAUUCUUGAUCUGCGAUGUCUGAAGGAGGUGAACGCCGUGAAUGCCAUUUUCUCAGUGUUUGACCCCUUCAGCAAUAAUUUCAAUGCACUGGAUUGUACAAGUAACGAAGUUUUGUGUUGCAGCUAUAGACCUUAAUGACGUUUUUGGUAUAGGUAAUAGGAUGAUUUGAAGUGAUAUUUGGCAUAAAUACGAUGAGCGAUAUUUUGAAAUUGUUGUACGUAAUUUCACGAGCCGUUAGGCGAGUGAAAUUUGAGACAAUUUUGAAAUACCACAAGUGGUAUUUAUGCCCAAUAUUACAUAGAAUUCAUGCUAUUAUUUGAUUAUACUACAACCCGCAAAGGUUUUGUAAUUUUCACCUGGACGUAUUUCAAAUUAAGCUGAAAUACCACUGCUCUAAGUCAAUCAAAUUGCAGAAGUUUCUCAUGUAGUAGUGUAAUAGGGGUAACCAAGUGUUUGUCAUCUUAGAAACUAAUAAAGUAUUGCACCUGCCAAAUUUUGUAAACAUGAGAAUUUGAAAGAGAGCACUGCCAUCACAUGAUCAAAAUGCAGCAACAAAAGAACCAAGUGAUAAAAUUGUCUCAAAAAGUUAUUCACCUUGCUGAUUUACAUUCUCCAAAGAAACAGAGAAUUUUUUAAAACAAUACCCUCUAACUUUCAUAAAACAGCAUGGUUUUAUUUUACUUUUUGCUCAUGUUAUUGCUCUAAAACGAAGCAGAAACCAGUAAAAAACAUUAUGGAAAAGCCAGUCUGUCAAAAAUAAUAACUAAUAAAAUUAUUAAAUAACUAAUAAUAAUAAUAGUUCUUUUAUUAAUAGCAAAGCUGACUUUAAAAUCCUAUUACAAUUAAUUUUGCUUUAAAAAACUAUUCAGUCAAAGCACUUUUUACUAUUCCUUUUGAUUGAAUUUGUUUUGAUUUAAAAAAAAUUCAUUCAAUUAAAAAAGAAUUACUGGAAUUGAAAACAGUUCAUAUCAAUUAAAAACAAUGUUCUGGGGAAAACGUAUUCUAGCUUAAAAAAGCAAAUUAAAUAUAAUAAUAAUAAUAAUAACAGUAAUAGUAAUAAUAAUAAUAACUAUUAUUAUUCAUUCAAAUUUUUCUCCAUUUCUGAUUGGGUAAAAUCCCAUGCAUAAUUCCAUCAUAAGCUAUUGUCAACCAAACGUGGAAGAAUUUUGCGAUGUGUAAAAAAUGAUGUCAAAAGUGCAGCAAAAUUGCCAGAUUAUUGAAAUGUUAACCGAGAAGACCUGGGGACGAGGUUGUGACUAGUACAUGGCAGAACAUUUCACUUGUUUCAAGAGUAAGAAAUAGGCAAACUAUUUGCUAAAAGCAUAGCAAGAACAGCAAAAGACAACUCAACACCUGCUGUUCACCUGAACAACCCUUUAUUUCCUAAACUUGCCGAUAAACAUGCACUAUUGACAAUAAACUUAACAUCAAUGAAGGUAAGCAUGCUUUAGCUUGUUUUUAAACUAGGAAUUAUUUUGAAUGAAUAAUAAAACAAUUAUUGAAUUUGGCUUUCGUAUUAUCUGAAGAAUUAUGGAUAUCGAGGAGGGUGUUAUCUACUUCAGCCUACCUCCUCAGCAGAUAAUACCCUCCUUGAUCUCCAUAAUUCUCCAGAUGAUACUCAGUCUCAUUCAAUAAUUUGUAAUGAAUCUUCUAUUAAGCCCCCUGGGGGGCUUAUUUCCUAAACCACGUUUGAAGGGGGGACUUAAUAGAGAGGGGGCUUAUUUAAUUUAGCAAAGAUGAUGGUCUAAAUUCUCAAUAAAAGCCAGAAUGCAAAAGGCAGUUAAAGCUGAAGGUCAUGCAGCAAAAAAUGCUACUAGCAAAUAUAAACUUUCAGAAUAUGAAUAAGCCAUACCGGAUCAGUCCUCAUGAAGUGUUAGAGUUGUAAUUGAAAAAUACAGUCUAUCAUUUUUAAAAAAAGAGGGAAAAGGGGGGCUUAAAGACAAGGGGGGAGGGGGCGUAAUAACUUUCUUCCCCAGCAAAGGGCGACUUAUCAGAGAGGUACGGAAUUUAACACCCUAAGCGCCACACACCUAUCAGAAAUUUAAGGGACUACAUUCCCGGGCUUGAAUCACUGAUUGAGAGUCCUUUAGUGUUUUUUUCUAUGCCAACACCUACCUCCUGGAUAAGCUUAGCUUACAGCACUCGCUUUGUUGGCUGUAGAUUGUUCGUGAGAGUGAUGAAGAUUCAGUACUAGUUAUUGGAGCUGGUGUUACACUGAUUGAAGCAAUUGAAGCUGCUAAAGAACUUGAAAAGGAGGAAAUCAACAUUCGGGUCAUGGAUCUCUUCACCAUGAAGCCAAUUGACAAGGAAGCCAUUAUAAAGCAUGCCAAGGAUUGUGGUGGGAAAAUACUCACUGUAGAGGAUCAUUAUCCUGAAGGUAUGUUAUGUAGGUUUGUUAACCCUUUAAGCCCUAAGAGUGAUCAACAUCAAAUUUCCCCUUGUAAUAUCAAUGCUUUGUAAAACAGUGGUUAUGAGAUUUACGGACAUGAUCACACAAGAUGAAUUUGCUUGAUAUUUUAUCAACUUCUUCCCACUUCUUCUGUACGAAAUGAAUAGGGGCAACAAAUGAGAAUUCAAAGUUUGAUCUUAGGGUUUAAAGGGUUAAAGGGGCUUUGUCACGAGGAGGGUAUUGACGGGUUGGGCGCGGGGGACCAGCGUGUUUUGGGAGUGUGGGGUGGGAAGGUGAGUACGAGAGAUGGCGUUGGGGGUUGGGGGGGGGGGGGGGGGGGUCCCAGUACCUUUUAGAGUGGGGGGGGGGGGGGCUGGUCUCCAAAAAUAUUUUUUUUCAGUCCUUCUGGCCUCAGUUUGGUCUCAAAAUAAGGCGGACCCCCUCCCGUGGAUCCGCCACUGGAAGUCAUAGGUCAACCACAAGAAUGUACUGCUCAGUAGCUUUCAUUUGAAAGGUUACACCUUACAGGUUUGUCCAGACUCAAAAGAUGGAGUUACCUUGCUCAAGAUAGCAAGGAGUACCACAGGAAAGCACUGCUCAUCAGCUUUCAUUUAAGGAGUCACACUUAUUUUUUUGUCUUUUGCUUAGGUGGUCUUGGUGAGGCUGUUAUUGCUGUUGUGGCAAAGGAGAAGGGGGUGAUUGUGGAGACAUUAGCCGUGAGAAAGAUCCCGCGUAGUGGCCCAGGAGAUGUUUUGAUAGAUCAUUAUGGGAUUGGUGCCAAAACCAUUGUCAAGACCGUCAAGAGCAUGUGAAGGACAUAGUCCUUGGAUAACCAUACAUACACACUGUGCUGGUAUUAAAGUUCAGUAUCAAGCAAGAUAAGACAUUGCUUCCUAUUCUCACUUAGCAUAUUAUAGAAAUUUUGGGCUUAGAUUAGAAAAAUGAAAUUACUUGUCAUGCAUUAACCCAGGUAAACAGCAUUAAUUUUAUGUUUUAGGAGUUAUAAUUGUUCAUGGAGAUUAUCCUAAAACAGGUGUGCACCUUUUAACUU